CUGCUAACGUGAUAGUUGGCAUACAUGCAGCCUGCAGUUCCUGCCGGUUGUUGGCAACAGCUGUGUAGAUUAUCGGCGAAGCCUCGACGAGUGCGUGUUUUGUCUGCGAAAAACUGUAAACAAAACAGUGUCUUCAAUUUUGCUCUCCAGUUUCAAGUUUCACAUUUUCUCAGAAUCUUUUGCGUAAGCAACAUCUUUACGGGCACUGUAUUGAAAAAAAAAAAGCACAAUGUUCCUGCUGAGAACGUCACUCGCUUCGAUUGGAUCAAAGAUAUUCCAGAGAACUGCCCUUCGGACUUCGGUCGUUAUCAGUGGGAAGAAUAACAAUGGUAUUGGUAAAUUUGCCGUUUUUGGACAGAGCAUGUCGCAUAUUAGCUACCUUAAAGGGCAAUGUGACUUGGAAUGCACUGCAGGGACAAUGAACGAUGUAAAGGAAGUCAUUAUCAAAAAGCUUGGCAUCGAAGUCGGGUAUACCCCAUUUGUGAGCACACGAGAACAUCUCACCCAAUAUGCACCGAAAUCGCUGGAUGAAUUGCCGCCACGGAGCAUGCAGGAUUCGUUCACUUCGGCUAUCAUUCCUCUGACGAGUGAUAAGAUUUUGAAGGAUAAGUACGUCGGCUUCAUGGGGAACGUUCGUUUGGGUCGCCUUAUGGAAGAUAUGGACAUGUUUGCAGUAUGGGUAGUGCACAAACACCUGCUGUUGCCAAAACUACCGGAAGGGGUAGCUUUACCGUAUACAUUUGUGACCGUUAUGGUCGAUAAGAUUGACUUUACGGAUCUGGUCCCAUCCCACGAUGCAGACAUCCGUCUAUCGGGACACGUUAGCUGGGUUGGUCGCACUUCGAUUGAAAUCGUCGUAUGGAUGGAGCAAAAAUUGCACGGAGAGUGGCGCAAGCUGACCCGAGCGCUGUUUCUGAUGGCAGCUAGAGAUGCAACAAAUACGAAGGCUGCACUAAUAAACCCUCUCGUACCGGCGAACGAAGAGGAAAAGGUCAUAUUCGAUGGAGGCGAAUCUCGAAAAAAGCGACGCAUUCAGCUGCAGAAGGAAGACUUGUUGAAAACGGAACCGAACGACUUCGAGCAAGGCCUGGUGCAUGACUUGUUUGUCAAAUCGAUCGAUACGAAGAGCCGGGCCUUCAAUAAGCGUAUCUUGCCCCCGGGAUACACAUGGAUGGAGGACGCAACGAUGGCCAACAUUGUUUUCUCCCACCCGGAAGAUCGCAAUGCUCACAAUAAGGUUUUCGGUGGAUUCCUGAUGAGGAACGCGCUGGAGUUGAGUUGGGCAUUGGCCUACAACUUUGCCAAGCGACGACCGAAACUGGAGCACAUUUCCGAUAUUAGCUUCCACCAUCCAGUAGAUGUUUCUUCGAUGCUGAACAUGCAGGCUCAUGUGAUUUAUACGGAUCUACAUUACAUGCAAAUUGUCGUGCUGGCAGAUGUCUACGAUGCCGUUACUGGACAGCAAACUACCACCAACUCUUUCUAUUAUACUUACUCAGUGGCAGAACGAUUGCCGCACAUUAUGCCUAAGACUUAUCACGAGGCUAUGUAUUACAUAGAAGGACGCCGGAAAUUCCGUUUUGCUAUGGGCCUCGAUGCUCCAAAGAAUGCUGCAAAACCUACUUAAUAAAGUAAUGAAUGGAAUUCUAAGCCCUUCGAUAAAUGUGCGACUAAAACUAGAUAUUAUUUUCGUCAAAACAGGUGCUUAUAUAUUAAUAUUAAUAAGGUAGAGCAUAUGUUUUCGACUCUUGAACUAUUCUUAUGAUUUCGGCUAAUGCUUUUAUGUAACAAGCCAAAAGCAGACGCUGAAUUUUUAUAGGUCGAAAAUUUAUGCUUUUCAUUUGAAAAGUUGUUUAUUUUAGUGUUAUUUUGUUCUUCGUUACAUUAAUAUUGUUUUACAAUUUAUUGUGUCUGUACUACUUAAUACAAGUAAAAAAUAGUA